GUCGGUAUCCUCGUCGCGCGCGCCGAUACACGACAUUGGCCUGAUCCCAACAGCCGGCUCGUUCCUCUUUAAGAUCUUCCUCAACAGCCGACUCUUCUCCCCCCAUACCCCACUCACUGCCCAUCUCUCCCCCAUCCUCCUCCUCCUCCUUGCCCGCCCUUGCCCCCCUGUCUCGUCUUCUUGCCUCGAAGCAAUUGAUUGAUACACGAUAACUUAGCCGUGUUCCACAACAGCCCCCCCCCCCACCUCCCUCUCUCUUCACCACCACCUUCCUUGAUCUCUUAACACCCGUUUGCGUCGUCGACCACGUCCUCUCUUGCUUGAGCAUACCUCCAACCCAGUGUUGUUGCCUAUAACCAUCACCUGCCCCUAAUGGCCAAGCCUGCCCCCAUCAACAUCCCCGCUUCCAACUUCAGCCAGUCAUACCAUCAACGCGGCCCAGACAGGAUGUUUGCAAACUACUCAAUGUCGACCCCGGCCUCGGCAACCCUUCCGGUGCACACCAUCCCCAACACACCUCUGUCACCGCUCACGGCCGACGCGUCGCUGCCCUCAUCAGGAGACUACUUUGCCUCAAGACGCUCCAUCUCGGACGCAUCGACAUCGUACGCGUCGCCCCCCAACUAUGACAAGAUGAGCUCGCCCGAGAACAGGUCGUCGCCCGUCACGCCCGUGUCUCCCGACUAUGACCUCUACUCGCCAUUACAUACCGCUACCGACAAUGACAACAUUGUCAUCCCCCAGCUCGUUCCUCCAAGCGUGCAGUGGCCCAACAACUCGUUUGACGACUGGGACUCGCUCCCCGAGCUUCUGCGCCAGGAUCGCAAGGCCGACUACACGCCGCGUCGCCCCAUGAACAUCUACUUCAUCUACAUGCGCGUUCGCCGGCCCGAACUCGCCCUCCACAACCCAAACCUCUCAACGGGUGACCUUUCCAAGCUCCUCGGAAAGGAAUGGAACUCGAUGACUCCAGACCAGAAGGCUCCCUGGAACGAGCUCGCCGAGCGUCUGAUGCGUGCCUUCAAGAAGAAGUUCCCAGACUAUCAGUACGAGCGCGGCGGCACGAAGAAGCUCCUCAAGAAGCACCGUGCGAGGUCGGCUCCAAACGCUCUUGCCCUCAUCACGUCGCCCCGCUCCAUGGCCGAGACGGCAUACCGCGUCCACGGGAUGCACCCUUACCACCACGCCCGCGUGCCAAGCGGAUACCAGCUUCAGCAACCGCUGUCUCCUCACGACGCCUACUACCAGCAACAACAAUGGGAAGCACAGCAACACUCGUACGUUGGUGGCGCGUCGUACAGUGCCAGGGGCGGCCUCGUGUCCCCCACCGCCUUCCCGGUCUAUGGCGUCUCGCCCCUCCAGCACCACCAGCAGCUCCAACAGCAGCAGGGCCUCGUUGCGCCCGUUACGACACCGCCACCCUCGUAUGGCUCUGCUUCUCGUCUCCAGCAGCAGCAGCAACAGCAGCAGCAGCACUAUCACUUGGCAGCAGGUGCAGACCCUUCCGCUACCUCCGGCGCCCCGGCGCCCACCGCCACCUCAGCGGGAGCAUACGGCGAGCAGGCAUCGAUGGCGGCCGGCGGCGGCGCGGCGGCGGCGGCAGCCGUUCCGGCGCCUCUCGGGACUGGCGCUGAUCAGCCUGGUCACCCAUACUUCCCCGCACAGUACGCCGUGGCGCCUCCUCCGCCAGACUCCGCAGCUGCUGCAGCCCAGGGCCCCUACGGCGUCUCGCCAGCCACUUACGCACACUACAUGCCCCCGCUUUACGCCGCCGCCCCCGCCGCCCCACCCGUUGUACAUGCGCCAUCGCCCUGGGACGAGUACAUUGUCCAAUAG